CCUCUGUGACUCAGUGACGUCGCGUUGCACGUUGCUAGUUAGUUGCAAUGUUGUAGCUAUUAGCACGACUAGCCUCAUUUCCUCUCUGCAGGCUUCACCUCCUCAUUCAGUCCCUCUGCUCUCUCCUCACUCCCUCACCAGCUCCUAGUCCACCGGCAGACCUCCGUCCAUCACCAUGGCGAUGAGACAGACUCCUCUCACCUGCUCAGGUCACACCCGGCCUGUAGUGGACCUGGCCUUCUCUGGGAUCACUCCCUACGGAUACUUCCUCAUCAGCGCCUGCAAGGAUGGCAAGCCCAUGUUGCGCCAGGGAGACACAGGGGACUGGAUAGGAACGUUUCUGGGUCACAAAGGCGCUGUCUGGGGAGCCACUCUGAACACGGACGCCACCAAGGCAGCCACCGCCGCGGCCGACUUCACAGCAAAGGUGUGGGAUGCGGUGAGUGGAGACGAGGUCCUCACGCUGGCACACAAACACAUCGUCAAGACUGUCAACUUUACUCAGGACAGCACCUGUCUGCUGACUGGAGGAAACGACAAGCUGCUGCGCAUCUACGAUCUCAGCAACCCUGAAGCUGCACCUCAGGAGAUCGCAGGUCACACCUCAGCCAUAAGAAAAGCCUUGUGGUGUAACAACGACAAGCAGAUCCUCUCCGCUGCUGAAGACAAAACCAUACGGUUGUGGGACAGGAGCUCCAUGGAGGAGGUGAACACGCUGAAGUUCGACACGUCGGUGAGCAGCAUGGAGUAUGUGGUUGACGGAGAGAUUCUUGUGAUCACAUAUGGAAAGACAAUCGCUUUCUACAACGCUCUGAGCCUGGACCUGAUCAAGACGGUGGAGGCCCCGGCUACCAUCAACUCAGCCUCCCUCCACCCGGAGAAAGACUUCUUUGUUGCCGGUGGCGAGGACUUCAAGCUCUACAAAUUUGACUACGGCACCAAGGAAGAGCUGGAGUCCUAUAAGGGUCACUUUGGUCCGGUGCACUGUGUUCGCUUCAGUCCGGACGGUGAGCUGUACGCCAGCGGCUCUGAGGACGGCACGCUCCGGCUGUGGCAGACGGCUGUGGGGAAAACCUACGGCCUGUGGAAGUGUGUCCUUCCUGAGGACCUGGGGGCAGAGAACUCUGAGCAGCUGUACACUCCGAUCCCUGAGAUCAAAGCAUGAAGAGAUAAGCGGUGCUGUUUGGAAAUAGGACGAGAAGAGACGAACGGAGGGGUGUUCCAGCGUUCUAUCUGGCCCCAGCAAGGAGCAGAGUCCAGAGCAUCUCCAUCCAUCAGGAACCUGAUGUGGAUAUUAUGACUGCCCAGUCUGUCAUAGACUAACCCAUCACACACACACACACACACACACACACACACACACACACACACACACACAUACACACUGAUUUAAUGCAGUCAUAAGGACAGUAUGGGCUGCAGAGUAAAGCAGUAGAGCUGUGAGUGUCUGCUCUACGCUGCCUGCUUUCUCUCUGAUGAGCCCAGUUCUGUCUGUCUCCUUAAACUUAUUUUAACUUCCCUAUAAAGAAAAUGCUAAGAUUGGUUUUUGGUUGCAAAAUUAAUUUAAUGAACUGGACCAAGGCUUUUUGUUUUCAGUUCAUAGUUACAAGAAUACCAUAGGUAGUUGCACAGUUUGUGCUAAAGUAAGGCGCUUUCAUUUCUUCAGAAACAUUACUGCUGCUUUUGUACUGGUUGAGUUUAAAGUACGUAAGUUAAGUGUCCAAAUAAAUGAAACUAUUGUUUUGUGACAAAGAGAUGUUGCUGGGUUUUUUCAGUUUUGGUUUCUGUCUUCAUUUUGUGUCCAGUGAUGAAAUAAACAAAAGCAUUACUGUUGUUUGGAAGUAAUGCACAAAGGGCA